AUGGCCGCUCAAAAUGCUACUGGGCCGAACCUUAAGUGUCUCCACCCUCUCCGCCCCUUUACCUACACCUCCCAGCGUGUACUAACAACCCCCCUUUCCCCCGUCCGCCCCCCUUCCCCCCCUCCCCCCCUUCCCCCCCUUCCCCCCUCCCCCCUCCCAUUUUCUGCACUGGGUCUCCCACACUCGCUGCUUGGCCACGCUCCUGGGCCAUCCCUCCAAGCGCUUCACGCACUCUUCCUCCGCCUUUGCAUGAACUCCCAGUGUCUUCUGAACUGGGUGUCCCACACGCUGCUGGGGCGCCCCUCAAGGGGCUCUACGCACUCUGCCUUCGCCAUCUCCCGCAUGGCCUCCCAGACCGCCCCAGGCCUCGCCCCCUCUGACUCCCGAGCCAGCGCCGUAGGCUCGGGAGCAGGGGGCAGGCCCACGUUUGCCCGGUCCGACACGUUUUUCCUGCGGGAGAUGCGGACGUCUGAGCUGCUGGGGAGGGCCGUGGUGGCGCCUGAUAAUGGCUACCUGUUGUUGUGGCAGCAGCUCAUCCUGGCUCUCUCCUUCUACUCCGCGUUCAUCACGCCGCUCGAGUUCUCCUUCCUGCCCAUGCUGCCGCCCGGCCUCGCCAUAGCGGACGGUGUCGUCAGCAUCUUCUUCCUGUCCGACCUCAUUCUCACAUUCUUCGUGGCAUACAAAGACCAGAAGACGCAGAGAUACGUCUGUGACCACUGGAGCAUUGCCACUAGGUAUUUUUGCUUGUUCUUUGGCUUGCUUUCUUUGCUUCAUACCAUUAACCAACCACCCCCCUACCCGCCCCCUGCUCAACUCACUCCCCCCCAACACCCCCCCUCGGGCCACCGCAUCGCAUCGCGUGGCUGGCAGCUGGCAGGGGGGGAGGCGGGCGACAACCUGUUGAGGUGGUUUCUGUGGACUCGCGUUGUGAGGACGCGCCACAUCAUGAACUACUUCCACAGGUUACAGAGGGACAUCCAUGUGAGCUACUUCGCAGUGCGAGUGGCGAAGCUCAUUUUCAUCGAGCUCUACAUCACUCACGUAGCUGGCUGCUUUUUCUACUUCCUCGCCACCACCUACCCUCCGGACGAGGAGGGCAGCACAUGGAUAGGCAGUCUGACGCUGGGUGACCUGACGUACACCAACUUUCGGGAGAUGGACCUGUACACGCGCUACUUCACGUCGCUCUACUGGUCUGUCAUCACCAUGGCCACCAUCGGGUAUGGCGACGUGCAUCCAGUGAACCCGCGCGAGAUGGUGUUCGCCAUGGCCUACAUCUCCUUCGACCUUGUGCUCUCCGCCUACCUCGUCGGCAACAUCACGGCGAUGGUGGUGAAGGGGUCCAACACAACGCGGUACCGGGAGAAGAUGUCCGCUCUGAUCAAGUACAUGAACCGCAACCACCUGCCCCACUCGCUCAGGCAGCAGAUGAGGCAGGUGAGAUGGGUGGGAAGGAGUGGAGCAGAUGAGGCAGGUGAGAGGGGUGGGGGUGGAUGGGAGUGUGUGUGUGUGUGGAUGGGAAGGAGUGAGGAGGUGUCGGCAAUGAUCAAGUACAUGAACCGCAACCACCUGCCACACUUCCUCAGGCAGCAGAUGAGGCAGGUGCGAGGGAGGGGUGCUGGUGGAUGGGAGAGGGCUGUGAGUGGAGGUGAGAGGGCUGUGAGUGGAGGUGAGAGGGCUGUGAGUGGAGGUGAGAGGGCUGUGAGUGGAGGUGAGAGGGCUGUGGGUGGAGGUGAGAGAGUGAGCUUGAAGAAAAAUGCCUUCUCCUCUUUCACCCCAGCCGCGCCCGCGUCUCCUUUAUUGCAGAGCGGCACCACACCAGCCACCCAUGCACCGCACCACCCACCCAUGCACCGCACCACCCACCCAUGCACCGCACCAGCCACCCAUGCACCGCACCAGCCACCCAUGCACCGCACCAGCCACCCAUGCACCGCACCAGCCACCCAUGCACCGCACCACCCACCCAUGCACCGCACCAGCCACCCAUGCACCGCACCACCCACCCAUGCACCGCACCACCCACCAGCAUGUGCGGCUGCAGUUUAUGACGGAGCAGGUGGAGGAGGUUUGGGUCAUUCGUCUUACCAUGCUCUUUCACCACCCACUAUCACCACCCUCCAUCUAUCUUGUCCCAUCCACCCGUGCCCACACCGGGACGCACGGCUGCAGUUUGAGACGGAGCAGGUGGAGGAGGAGGUGAGGGAGGAGAUCGAGGGGCUUCACACUCACCACCCUCAACCUCCCCACCACCCCUCCCAUACGUCACGUCACCCCACGCACCCACCUUUGGCCACACCAGCACGUGAGGCUGCACACGUGAGGCUGCAGUUUGAGAUGGAGCAAGUGGAGGAGAAGCACGUGAGGCUGCAGUUUGAGACGGAGCAGGUGGAGGACGAGGUGAUGGAGGAGUUUCCGCUGAGCAUCCGCCACAAGGUGGCGCGUGCCCUCUACCAACGCGCUGUGGAGGCCUGCUACCUCUUCGACGGGUGCUCGGGAGAAUGCAUUAACCAGAUCGUAGCGCGUGCGGUGCCCGAGUACUACUAUCCGUUGGAGGUGCUCAUUCAGAAGAACGAUGCCGCAGAGCACAUGUUCAUCGUCUGCUCCGGCACCGUCCAGGAAGCUUCCUGUGUGUACGGCGAGGGGACGGACGACGAGCACUGGGCGACCCUCACAGCCGGCAAUGUGGGUCGCGAGGACCUGCUGUGUUUGAGAGUGGCGGUUUAUAGCUGGGGAUGUGCUGAGAUGUGCUGGGAUGGGAUGUGCUGGGAUGGGAUAUGCUGGGACGUGCUGGGAUUUCUGCUGCUUUUCCACCAUGGGUUGGCGUCUCUCCCCUUCCUCCCCUGUCCUGUGUUGUUUCUCACCGUCAUUCCUUCUUCUCCUUGUUUCUCUCUGUGCACUCUCCUCGUGUCUCCAUGUGUAUCCAUUUCUCUUCCCUCCCUCUCCCCCUUCUUCCUCGCUCCUCGUACCCAUUACCCAGAUGUGUGGGGAGGUGGCGCUGCUGUGCAACAUACUGCAGCCCUUCACAGUCACCGCCAAGGAGCUCACCCAGGUGAGGAGCUGUGCCAGGUGCUGCGCAUCGACCGCCAGUCCCUCUCUUUAGUCACAUCUCUCUUCAUCGUGGAUGGCCGCCGCAUGGUGGACAAUCUGCUGCAGGUGGGGGUAGAUCCGUGCAAACCCUUAAACAGGUGGGGGUAG